UUCACGAAAUUCAUUUUGAUUUGUAGCUACUAGACUCGUGUAUAUAAGGUAAAAAAUUCUAAAGCUAAUAGAACCAUUAUUUACAGAGUAGCGAGAUAUGGCUAACCAAAUUGUGCUCGGAAUUUUCUUUUUAGUCUUCGUUGUAGUAGGCAUGGCAGCAACGGGUCGUUCGAGCAAAACAUGCACCUCCCAGGAAGACUGUGAUCCAUUCUGGGAGUGCUGCGCCAAACGGAUUUUCACCAACACGUCUUACUGUGUGAAACGUCGCCUUAUGAAUCAAUUUUGUAUGGAAAGGGAAUACUUCGUGAACGGUGUUUAUGACAUAACAUGUCCCUGUGUAUCCACCUUGAAAUGCGUAAAAGAUUCGUAUUUUUCAGAUGAAGGGACUUUCAUAAAAUCUUUUAACCCAAGAUGUCGUCCACCAGAUUAUGUACCACCACCAUUGGAAGAGAGAAGUCCUUAUUCCGAUAUCAAUGAUUCUUCUUAUUCGUUAAAGAUGAGAAGAAGUACUAGAAGCAAAGCAUAAUUCUUACCAGCAUGGAUCAGUCUAAUCUUAAACCCUAAAAUGGAAAUUCUUAUACUCAAAUAUGCAUAUAUGUAUCUACCUGUAAAACCUGUAGUAUUAAUAUUAAAGCAUUUUUAAACAA